AUGGAUCCCUUGUGUUGGCCAUCAGAAACUAACAGCUUUCGGCGUUUCACACCUGAGUCCUUGGCAGCAAUUGAGGAAAGAAUUGCUAAGAAAAAAAAGCAGCAAGCCAAAGUUAACCAGAACAAUAAGGACCAAGAUGUUGAAGAAGAUAGACUUACUCCUCAGCUUGAUCUGAAAACCUACAAAAAACUGCCAUCUCUGUAUGGAGAUCUUCCCGUGGAGCUCAUUGGGGAACCACUGGAAGAUUUAGAUCCAUACUACAGUGAUCACAAGACUUUUAUGGUGAUAAAUAAAAGGAGGAUUAUUUUCCGGUUUACUGCCACACCUGCCUUGUGUAUUGCUGGUCCUUUUAAUCCUGUCAGAAAAGCAGCAAUUAAAAUUCUGAUCCAUUCAUAUCCUUUUAUUGGUUUCCCUUAUUUCAGUUUUUAA